AUGUUCAUUUCGAGAACCCAGCCGUCCGAUCCUUCGGAGCGAAGACUGCUGGUAUUAGACGGCCACGAGAGUCACGAGACAGUGGAGUUCAUGUAUCUAUGCUACCAGCAUAAGAUCCAUCUUCUUUUUCUACCUCCUCAUACCUCUCAUGUGUUGCAACCGCUCGAUUUGUCUGUCUUCUCCCCUCUGAAGCACUACUACCGCAAGCAGGUCGGAUUUCUCAGCCUCUUGACCGAUUCGAGCGCGGUCGGCAAGCAAAACUUUCUUUCCUGCUAUCAGAAAGCGCGCGAGCAAGCACUUACGGCGUCAAACAUCAAGGGUGGGUGGAAAGCGACGGGUUUGUGGCCGGUGUCGGUGGCAAAGCCACUUUUGAGCCCUCUCCUGCUGGAGAACAGCAACAAGGGCAAGAAGGAUGCGAAGAAAGCGCCCGAUGCCUUCAGGAGCCCUUUUUCUACGCCGGGAUGGCAAUCAGACGCAUCGCAGAUUGCGUGGUCGACUCCGAGGCGCCCUCAAGAUCUGAAGGUGCAAGUGCUUCAAUUCAACCAGCUCGACGACGACGUGCCCACGAAGCGGCUGCUGUUCAGGAAGAUUACGAAGGGGUUUGAUGAAAAGGACGGCCUCUUGGCAAAAGCUCAAUUACAGAUUCAAGCGCUGGAAACACAAUUGGCGGCCGUAAAGCCAAAGAAGAGGAAGAGGGUGGAAACGAGCCCGAAUUCGAGGUUCGCCGACGUUGAGGCAGUGCGGCGGGCGCAGGCGGAGGUCAAUGCAGCUGAGAAUGGAGACCCUGAUAGAACUGAAGAUGAACUUUCAGAAAUUGAGGUCAACGCCCCGCCAGCAGAGCGAAACGGCGUAACCGCUCUCGAAGCCGCGGCUGAGAACGGUAAUAUCAAGCUUGUUCAAAUUCUCCUCGCUGCCGGUGCAGACGUCAGCACCCCGCCAGCAGGGGGAUACGGCGGGACCGCUGUCGAAACUGCGGCUGAGAACGGUAAUAUUGAGCUUGUUCGAGUUCUCCUUGGCGCCGGUGCGGACGUCAGCGCCCUGUCGGACAACCCGCAUGCAACAACUGUCGCCCAACUGAAAGCGGAGCCACACGGAAUAGCCGCUCUUGAAGCUGCAGCCAGGGCCGAUAACAUCGAGCUGGUUCAGACUCUACUGCAUGACGGCGCCGACGUCAACGCACCGUCAGCGGUGCCAUUCAGAGGAACCGCUCUCGAAGCCGCAGCCCAGAACGGCAAUGCGGAGCUGGUUCAGAUUCUACUUCAUGCUGGCGCAGAGGUCAACACCUCGGGGCGAGACGGCGGCACUGCUCUCAAAGCGGCAGCUGAGAACGGUAAUAUUGAGGUGGCUCGGAUUCUACUUAAUGCCGGCGCGGACGUCAACGCCCGCACUGGGCCACUCAAAAGCGCCGCUCUCGAAGUGGCGGCCACGCACGGUAAUAUCGAGCUAGCACGGAUUCUACUUGAUGCAGGUGCAAAGAUCCAUCCCCAUCCAAGGUAUUUAAGUUUCGAUAGCGCCGUCCUCCAAGCGGCGAUAUCGAGCGGUAGUGUUGAGCUGGUUCGGAUGCUUCUUCAUGCUGGUGCGGCCGUCGACGCCCCACCCAGGCCGGGCGGCCGCACGGCUCUGCAAGCAGCAGCCAGAGACGGCAAUACCGAUCUUGUUGAUAUUCUCCUCGGUGCCGGCGCAAACGUCAACGCCCCAGUAGCGGAGAAGUACGGACUAACCGCUCUGCAAGAGGCAGCCAGAAACGGCAAUACCGAUCUUGUUGAUAUUCUCCUCGGUGCCGGCGCAGCUGUCAACGCCCCGCCUGCGCGUGAAUACGGAAGAACAGCACUCCAAGCGGCGGCUGAGGCCGGUAGCAUCGAGACGGUUCAGAUUCUUCUGGGAGCCGGUGCAGACGUCAACGCCCCAGCCGCGAUUUUUGCUGGAGUGACGUCGCUUCGGGCCGCUGCUCUCGGUGGUUAUGACGAUGACGAUGACUAUUACGAAGGCGUCGACAAACACGAGGCCCGAUUUGCCGCCUCAAACGGUUUCCAGAGGCGCACCGGGAGUGGCUCACGAGCGUUCGAGAGGGUCCUGCACCAAAUGUCCGGCAUCCGAGGGCCGUCCGACGCGCUCGGUCCGUGGCUGUGGAAGUCGGCGGCAAAGGGGAUGUGGGACACGGAGCGGCUUACGCGCCAUCUCGCGGUCGUGACGGGCAAGGAUCUCGGCGUACGGCUGACGGUGGCGAGCUACCGACACGUCGCCAUCGAGCUCGGCCGCCGCAUCAAGGGGUUGAUCAUCCGCCAGGUCGAGAUGGACGCCGUCGGCGCUGGCGGGGAUCAUCUGGACGACGGGUACGACCCGUUCUCGGGCGAGGUGCGCCGAGUACCGCAGUUCGACUACGUCUGGGACAUACAGUCCACGCACAGCAGCGCCAUGGCCCGGGGCCACUACGCCGUGAAUCUGCUGUUCCCGGGCCAGCUUCAGCCGGAGAUGGUGUCAAGCUUCCAGGAGAUCAGCCGGCUGUGGCACGGGUUUCUGAGCCGCACCGACGGCGACUUUGCGGAUCGCAAGCGGCGCACCGACGAUGCCGGUGCUGCCGCAACGCCGGCGGCGAAGCGUCGUCAGGCGGAUGUGACCACCGUCGGCAGCAAGCGACGGGCACAAGAGCCGGCCCGACGGGCGACACUGGUCAACGGCAAGGUCGAGGGCGACGGCAGCGACGAGGACGACGACGACGGCGACACUGAGACUGCUGCAGGGAAUAGCGCUUUCACGGAGGCGCAGAUCGACGCGGGCUUGAAGCGCAUGCUGGGCGAGGAUGCGACGUGGAAGUCGGACGAGCAGCGCCAGGGCAUGUAUCAGAUUGCGUCGAUGGAGAACAACGGCGUCCGCAGCGACAUGACGAUCGUCGUGUUGCCCACCGGCGGCGGCAAAAGCGUCUUCUUCUUCUUGCCGGCGUUCAUGGAGGACGAGCGCGGGCUCGGCGGCCCGGUCAGCAUCGUCGUCGUGCCGUUCGUUGCUCUGUCGGCCGAUCUGGUCAAGCGAGCCGAGGAGCUCCGCAUCGACUGCAUGAAGUGGGACAGCGACGUACACGACGGCGACCGGGAGGAGCGUCAGCGCGACGCGCGCUUGGUCGUCGUGAGCGCCGACGUCGCCGUCAGCGAAGGGUUCACGUCGUACGUCGAGAGCAUCCGGGCACGAGGCUUGCUGUCGCGCAUCUUCUUCGACGAGUGUCACACGUUCGUUACGGACGUCGGAUACCGGGAGCGUCUCGGGCUACUGGUCGGCUUGCACCGAUACGGCUGCCCGCUCGUCAUGCUCACGGCGACGCUGCCGGUGGACAUGGAGAAGCAUUUCCGGAAGAACAUGCUGGCGAGGGAUGCGGUUAUUAUCCGUGCCGCGACGACAAGGGUCAACAUCCGCUACGCCGUCGAAAAGGUGCGCGUGGGGAAGACGAGCGUCGAAGACGGCGUUUUCAAGGUUGUCGAGCGCAUCAGCUCGCGGAUGACGGCAUCGCAGCGCGGCGUCGUGUACUGCCGCUCGAUCAAGGACUGCAAGGCAAUAGCCGCCCGGCUGGGCUGCCGCAUGCAUCACGGCGAGAUGAAGCCCGACUCUCAACGGGAGGCCGCCCGGAAGGACUGGGUGGACGGCCGAAAUGGGCACCGCUGGAUCGUCGCGACGACCGGGCUCGGAACGGGGAUCGAUGUGCAGGGCAUCGUCGGCGUCGUGCACGCGGGACCGCCGUACGGACUAGUCGACUUCGCACAGCAGACGGGCCGGGGCGGACGACGCAGGGGCGAGAUUGUCGACUCUGUCAUCGUCACCGAUGGCCGGCCGGGCUGGGUCGAUGAGUACGGAAGCGAUAUCGACCACGAGAACCGAGCGGCCGCCCAGCACUUCAUCGACAACCCCGGCUGCCGCCGCGUCACGCUCGUGAAAGUUAUGGAUGGGGUCGGGCGCCGCUGCGAAGAGCUCGGGGCAGAAAAAUGCGACCGCUGCGCGGCCGAUUCCGAACGACAACGGCAGCGCGAGGAGGAGCAGGAACGACAGAACGGGCUGGUGAACCGCUUGCGAGAGCACGUGCAGGACGAGAGCACGCGGCUGGGCGAGCUAUACAAGUGGCUCGAGGAGAUUCAAGCGGUGGGCUGCUCCGCAUGCUACGUCCGCUGGCAGAUGCGCGGGGCCCCGGAGGACGAGCUUGGCGAGGAGAACUCGGUGGAUGGGCAGGCCGACCAGGAACGGGUUGGGGUAGGCGGCGAGGGGGCCUUGGACGCCGAAAGUGGCCUUCCGACCGACACGGCGAGCCAGACGGUCCAUGAGGUGACAUCCUCCGGUAUGUUCGCGCUGGACGGCGUGCCCGAGGUGGCGGACGUCGAAAAGCUCCGCUUCGCCUGGCAGGCUGUUGGCGGCGCCGGCGCUAGCGGACGUGCAGGUCCCAAAGCUGCGGUGCUCACGACGGGGGAAGGGGCGUGUGAGCAGGGUGAGGGACGCGAAGCGUUCAUCCGCGUCUCACGGGGUGAUGACUUCGCCGACUCUUCUGAGUCCACCUUCUUCUCCAAGACGUUUCCGACCUUGUUCCCUCUUGGUGUCGGAGGGCCACGGCUGGCGGAGGAGGCUAUGCUCGAGGCAGCAGACGCAGCGGCUGCCGGUGCGACGAUUUCCCGUGGUAGAGGGCCGGAGGCAGAAGCAGCGGGCGGAGCCCUCGUGGCCUCCCGGAACCUGAAUCUCCGCACAUGGGCUGACAUUCUGCUCCGUCGCCACGGCGGGCGCUUCGCGACGCACCACGUCUUCGCGUUCCUAGUAUUCAACAUGGGCGUGCGGUCCAGGAACCGGCGUGUUAGCAUGCUGAGCGUGGCACGCAAGAAUUUUCGCAACACCGAGCGCAUAGUGCGUUCAAUGACGACCGAGAGGUUAGCGGCGGCAAGCAUGGAAUUGGAGAGUUCCGGCAGAACUAGCGACAGCGGCGUUAAGGAGCUGCUCAGGAGCCUGUCGCUUUAUGGGCACCGGCAGCCCAUGUCGAGGGAGGUCCGUCUGAACAUGCGGCGAAAGAUCCAAUCGCUCAUUGUCGGCUAUGGUGUGCCGGCCAUCUGGUUCACACUGAACCCAAACGAUAUCACGAACCCGGUGAAGCUGCGGCUGGCAGCGUACCGCGCACGCGAUCCCGACGAGGCCGAGGCGUUCCUGGCAGGUAUGGGCAAUGCAUACAAGCGAACACGGCUGGCCAUCUCCGACCCCAUGAGCUCUGCUAUUUUGUUCCAUCGGGAAAUGAGUUUAUUCUUCGAGAAGUACGUCAACGUCGGGGAGGAAUCGGUGUUCGGACGGAUAAGCCAAUACUUCGGCGCCGUGGAGACAAACGAGCGAGGAGCGCUCCAUAUCCACGGUCUGCUGUGGUUGCACGGCAAUGCGCAACUGGCAUCCGCGCUCGCCGACACUCACGGGGAGGACCAGUCGGCGUAUCGUGAGCGAAUCAUUCGUUACGUCGACAGUGUUUUCUCCGAGGACCUCGACGCGGAAGGGUUUUGCGCCAUUCAGGCGGAGCGAUCAGCUGUCUCGGACAUCUCCACCAGGUUGGAAGACAUGGAGCAAUUCUCGUCGGCUUUCGAUGAAGAGGCGAAUUUCUGUGCCGGCGCGACGCAGAUCCACACGCAUAGCGCGACCUGCGUCAAGUACUCUCUGAGCAAACCAAUGCGAAAAGGUAGCCUGUGCCGGUUCAGAGCACCCUGGAAACUAGUCGAGAAGACGGCCUUCACGGAGGAAGGGGUGCUGAAGAUUCGCAGGACGCACCCUCUGGUCAACCGAUGGAAUAAGGCCAUUGCCGUGGGGCUGCGACACAACCACGACAUUUCGUUCAUAGCGACGCAGCAGAAGACCAUGGCACUCAUCUACUACGUGAGCAACUAUUCGACCAAGGUCGAAGACCCGAUAUGGAAGAGGGCGGUGACGGCAGCGGAGCUCCUCCCCGCGAGCGCCGGUGAUGGAAGCAUGACUGGGGAAGGAGACGGGGCCGAGGAGGACCACAGGCCAAUCGAAGGCGCGAAUGAAAAUAGAACCCGACAGUUCCUGAAGAAGGUGGCGAACCGCGUGUUCACCGAGCGGCCGUUAUCACAGGUCGAAGUUAUUGCGUACCUCCUCGGUUAUCCGGCGGAAUUCUCCAACACGAGUGCCUGGGCGUAUCUGAACACUUCGCUGCUCUACUGGCACAUUUUCCGACGGUGGCGGCAUCUCCGGGAGAGCAGCGGUGCAGCCGUCGCCGACAACGCCGUAGACGAGUCGAUCGUAGUCGAGGAAGCAGGCCACAGGCUCGGCCAUGUCGAGGCCUACCAGCACCGCGGCGAGCACUUGCGAGAUUUAUGCCUGUACGACUAUGUCUCGAUCGUGCGGUUGAAGCGGCGCAGCAGCAGCAGCGAGGGGGCCGCUGCCGCCUGGGGCGAGGUGCCCUUUCAGGACUCGUGGCCGCCAGGGAAGGGUUGGAUGCAGGCGCUUAGGCGCCCGGGCAAGCAGGCGACAGUGUGCCUCGACGGAUAUUUGAGCAAGGACUUUAGCAAGGCCGAGGAGGACGAGGGAUGUUAUGGAAGGGCAGCGGUACAGCAUCUUGCGCUCUUCGUGCCGUGGGAGAAGUUCUUAUGUGAAGAGGCGGGCGACAUCAACGAUGUCUGGAUGCGGGCAUGGGGCUUCCCCGAGAAUAUCCUGUCUCGUCGAAAAUGUGCAGCUGCUGCGGCGAUCCGCCGAGGACGCAAAACGCGACGCGAAACAGUGGGCGGCCUCAGCCGGAGAUGCAAGAUCGGCGACGCAACGCGGCUCAUGGAUGUGGUUCGCAAUGCCCUGGGUCACGGCCAGGUGACUGCCGGGUCGGCGGAGUUAGGAGCAAUGAUGCGGCAGCUCUGCCGGUUCCAGCAAUCGGCACUCAACUCCACAGCCGAGCUCGAGGCCACCGCGGUAUCGGAAAGGGGGCUUCGACAGAUAGCGUUGCCGGGCCAUGCAUUCUCCGGCGCCACGGUACCGUCGCAGGACCAAGUAAAGGCCAUCAAGGCGCAACAGACGAGUGCCUCGAGGGAGAGGGAGAGGAUGAUCCAGGGCAUACAGUGCGCGUCCGCUGCCGCUGAGAGCGACCGCCGUGCCGCGCUGCGGGCCGUGAUGAGCGGUUUCGGGGAGGACGACAUCGAAGUUUCUGCGGCCGAGCUGGACGAGAUCGAGGGCCGGCAGGCGGAAGGCCACGCCGGCGCGGAGAUGCAGGUGCAGUUCGGCCCGUCGGCGUCCUUCCUCGCCGCGGGCAAGGAAUGGGCGAGGCGGCUGACGCUCAACGAGAAACAGUCGAUCGCCUUCCUGAUAGUCUGCCGUCAGCUCGACCUUUUGCGGGAUGGCAGGGCAGUCGAUGCCGAUCAGCUGUGCCAGUACGUCGGCGGCGAAGGCGGGACCGGGAAGUCGCGCGUGAUCGAAGCACUGGUGGGCUUGUUCGCCGCGAGGGGCAUAUCAAACCGUCUCCUCAUCACGGCCACGUCUGGCGCGGCCGCGGCGAGGAUCAGCGGCAUUACGAUACACUCCGCCUGCGGGUUCAGUAAAGACCAGGGAAGCUGGGGCGGAAACGCGUCGAGAGACAUCGACGGGGUGCGCCUGCCGAAGCAAGGCGAGCGAUUUGUUUCCGGUCAGUCCCGGAUGGACUGGCAGGAAAAGGAUAUCCUCGUCGUCGACGAGGUGAGCAUGCUCGGAGCACGGACGCUGCACGCGGUCAACGAGCAGCUCUGCCGGCUUCGGGGCUCACAGCGGGACUUUGGGGGCAUCCCGAUCGUGCUCUUCUGCGGGGACUUCCAUCAAUUCCGGCCGGUGCAGGAACGGUCGAUCUUGCUGCCGAGCACGGCCAUCUCGUGGGACGUGGACAGCUCAUUCAAGGCCGAGCAGCGGCACCAGCAUGACAAGGCGCACGCGCUGUGGAGGAGGUUCACAACGGUCAUCAUGCUGGACGAGCAAAUGCGAGCGGCCGGGGACGCGGAGCUGCAGAGGCUGCUGACGCGAAUCCGGCGGGGCGAACAGGACCACAUAGACUUGGACUUCCUCAACGCAAGGUGCUACCACGAGGGCAGACGCAUCCCGUGGGAAACGGGCAUCACGGUGGUGACGCCGCUGAAUAGAAACCGCUGGAACCUCAACAUGGAGGCAAGCGUUGCGUUUCAGGCUCAGCAACGGUCGAUGAUGCGCAUCUUCAUCUCGGAGCACAAGUGGAAGGACGGCGUGCCGACGGAGGAGGAGGCCAUCAUGAUACUAACUCAGGGAGACGACAGUGCGAUACCGGUGCCGGCGGUCUUCAUGUUCGUGUCGGGGAUGCCGGUCGUCGUGAACCAGAACACGUAUCAGGGCCUCAGAGAGUUGAAGCUCUGA